CCUCGCACGCUGGGCUACCCCGUUCUCUUGUGCUCCGUCCUUUCCCUCAGCUUGCAGGCAGAUCCAUCUUCAGCGUCGUUGUCUACGGCGACAAGUCGCUCAGGCUGCACGGCCCGCUCGAGGCCCUGAACCCGCUGGCGGCCGCGAUGGCGGCCUUGGCGGAGAGGUCGCUGGCGCACGGCGAGGAACUGGCGCUAAUACAGCUGCUGGUGAACCGCUACAAGGACGGCCGCGACGAGGUGAAGCCCCACCGCCACCGCUGCCGCCAGAUCUGCCUGGCGCUCGGUGCGGAGCGCGAGCUGGAGG